CUCUUUAAAAGGCGUGGUGACAGAGUGACACGCUAUGUAGAUAUACAACACCCUGAAGUGGAACUUGGAACUCGAACCCUCAAAGCAAAAUGUUAAAUAAGCAAGUAUAUUAGGGAUUAAUUUGCCUCGCGCUCUUUCCGGAAGUACUCAUACACAGCAAAUAAGGGCGAAAGGGGACUUCUUUUUUUAGAUCCGCAUAUGUACUAGGCAUUACGGUAAGCGCGUGUGAGAACUGACUUCAAAAUAAGUGCAAAGUUCCGGUGAACGUGAUAAUCAGUCAAUACGUACACUACUUCCGGACGUGUUUUUUGAAGUGGAGGCUGACUUGACUGCAGUGAAGGGGGGGCGACCCUAUCCUUUCUGCCUCUUUAAAAAGAAGGCUGUGUAGAAGUCCUCUCCUCUGACAUUACUACAGUUUAUCUCUUGACUAUUAGGCACCCGGUUUGAAAAUGGCAACAGACGAGCUCUCGUCUAAGCUCAGCCGUCGGCUCCAGAUCGAAGAAGGAACCAAGGACCCUGUUGCUGUGGACGUCCUCGGACACCAAAACGGGUCCGAGGAGAAGCCGAGUACGGCCAACGCAGACUCGGAGCUGGGUGCUAAACUGAUGCGGCGAGGAGAGCUGAACGAGGGGCUGGGAGAGCAAAGCCAGCCCAGCAUGAAGGUCUUAAACCCGUACACCGAGUUCAAAGAGUUCUCCCGGAGCCAGAUAAAGGACAUGGAGAAGAUGUUCAAAACGUUUGAUGCUGGGAAAGACGACUAUAUUGACCUGAUGGAGCUAAAGCUGAUGAUGGAGAAGCUUGGAGCUCCACAGACACACGUUGGCUUGAAGAACAUGAUCAAGGAGGUGGAUGAGGACCUGGACAACAAGUUGAGCUUCAGAGAGUUCCUCCUCAUCUUCAGGAAGGCAGCAGCAGGAGAGCUGGCAGAGGACAGCGGCCUCGGUGUUCUUGCUCGCCUCUCUGAAAUUGAUGUCUCCACAGAGGGGGUCAAAGGAGCCAAGACCUUCUUUGAAGCCAAGGUCCAGGCCAUCAAUGAGUCCAACCGUUUUGAGGCAGAGAUCCGCCACGAGCAGGAGGCCAAGAAGAAGCAGGUCGAGGACCAGAAACAGAGACGAACUGCUUUCAAAGAACUGCAGUCAGCCUUUAAGUGAGCGCCUCACUCUACUUCCAGGACCACUCACUCUGUGCUGCACCAAUACUGUCAGUUUUUAAAACUGUUUGCUUGAAGUUUCCAUGUAUGGCAGACAGUGGUAGUCUAUAUACUUUUAUUUUAUUUUUUUUCUGUUAUUUUUGGGGAGUUUUUCCUGAUCCGAUGUCAGGUCCUGGGACAGGGAUGUCGUAUGUGUACAGAUUGUAAAGCCCUCUGAGGCAAAUUUGUGAUAUUGGGCUAUACAAAAUAAACUGAAUUGAAUACUACUGGAUACAAUAUAAAAAAUCAGCGCUGCUUAUUAAUUAAGCUAAUUUCUUUCAAUGUCUGUCACUCACCACCUUGUCCCCAACAUCAUGACACUUUUACCCUAAUGUCUACUCUGCGGAACAGUGCUGACACAGAGGAUACCAGCAACAAAUGUUUUAAUAAACUGAUGUUUUGUUGCUUAAUAAACCUUGUAACUCCA